UCGAAACGAAAAUCUGCGUCAAGUAGCCCCAAACUGACCCAGAACAUUCAGCCAAAAGAUACUGGUCCGAAGCCUGCAAUGUCGUUGACCGCCGUAGAUCGAAGAUGAUCUCUCUGAUCGCUCUCGUAGCGCUGUCAGGAUCCCGGACUCAGAUCAUGAAUUUUUUCGGCCAUGAAUAUUUGAGCGGAUUUCGAGGCAUCGAUCGUGUUGGUUCCUAUUCGAUCCCCUCUUGGGCCGAUAAGGACUCAUCUUACCUCAAGGAGCCUUUUCUAUGGAAUAAGUGUAAGGGCUCUAGAGUAAGUACAAUAAAUGACUGGCUGCAAAUACAAAUCGGUGGAUCGGAGGAUGUUAAGAAGAAAAAGCCAAAAUGUCAAAAUCGCAUUAAGUCAACCAAAUACACAUUGAUUACAUUCCUGCCGCAAAACUUACUGGAACAAUUUAGGCGCAUAGCGAAUUUUUACUUCCUUGUGAUGACAAUAAUAUCCCUACUCAUCGAUAGUCCUGUGUCUCCGAUGACAUCACUUCUCCCACUCGUAUUUGUGAUCGCCGUGACCGCGGCCAAGCAGGGAUAUGAAGAUGUCCUGCGCUACAGGACCGACAAUGUAGUCAAUGCCUCCCCUGUGACAAUAAUCCGGGAGGGAAAGGAGGCGAUAAUCAAGUCACAGAACGUUGCACCUGGGGACCUUGUUGUCGUUGAGCGGGACUGCGAUGUACCCUGUGACCUGGUACUUUUACGCUCCACAGAUCAUCAUGGGAAAUGCUUUAUAACAACGGCCAACCUGGACGGCGAAUCAAAUUUGAAGACGUUGAUGGUACCCCGGGACCUACCCGCCGUGGAACUGGAGGAAAUGCACAAACUGGGCGUUAUUGAGUGCGAAGCUGCCACAACAGAUCUGUACAGCUUUAACGGAAAAAUUGAGCUGAAAAACGGCGAAGGACGAGUCUUGCCACUGACCUCCGAAAAUGUUCUGUUGCGUGGAUCUAGAGUGAAGAACACAGAGUGUGUCAUUGGGUGCGCUGUCUACACAGGCAUGGUUACCAAGUUACAGCUAAACAGCCGCCUCACACGCAACAAAAAUGCCACCAGCGAGACGUACAUAAACCGAUUCCUAGUCGUCAUCCUCGUGGCUCUCAUUGCGAUAGUGACCUUGCUAUAUUUCCUCAAACGUUACAACGAACUUUUUGUGAUACCAAGGCUAACCUAUUUGGGGGAUGCAACAGAUAGCUAUAGUGUGAAACAGUUUCUGCAGGACUACUUAUCAUUCUUAAUUCUCUUUAAUUAUCUAAUUCCCAUCUCACUUUAUGUGACCAUCGAGCUUCAACGGGUGAUCGGUAGUUUGUUUAUGGAAUGGGAUUUGGAGCUUUAUGAGAAGGAGACUGACCAGCCGUGCGUGGUUAACACAUCGAAUUUGAACGAAGAGCUGGGCCAAAUAAACAUACUCUUCUCAGAUAAAACGGGAACUCUAACCAAGAACGAGAUGAACUUCCAACAAUGUUCAAUAGCCGGUCGGAAAUUCCUCUUCAAAAAGACUCGCCUAGAAGACGAGGAGACCAGCGCCUUAUUAGACAUUAACAAGUUCAAUAUGGACCAGCGACUUUUCUUCCAGGCUCUCUCAAUUUGCCACACCAUUCAGGUGGCCUCGGACCCGUCGGAAGAGAGUGAGCCCAGCAGCGCUAAAAAAGAACCGAAAAGCCCGGGAGCGGCGAUAACAACCAGUUCGGGACCUUCCGAAAUGUACCCGAUAUCUGACAUUACUGAAGAGAGUCACAAUUCUAGUCAGCAAAGUGAACUCAAUGUGUCCCACGCUAUAGAGAAUUCGGUUUCGGCACACCCCAAUGGCAGCAACUCGACUUUCACGGCCUCCGAUGUCAAUCCACUGUUGGUCAGCAACGAUAGCUAUAAUGUGGAGCGACGUAAAAGACCAGUGGUAAUCAAACGCAGUCCUAAUUUCACCCGCAUCGCAAGCCGGGUACACAAUGCCCCAGCUGGAGACUCGCAGUUCAGCCAGAACGACGUGGGCUCGGUCGUUCACUCUGUCCUGCAAGGAACUUCCAACGUCCGUCCCAUUUCCCUCCAAUUCCAACGCUCUACCUCAGAGAGAGACUUGCCCCAAUACGAGGAGGCACAUACAGUGCCUCUGGGCCACCGGCGAGCCCAUUCCUAUGGGGCACCCAAUGCAUACCUUACUAGUCCGGUAACUGUUGAUGCCCCAGGCUCUAACAUACUGUUCCGAUCUCCGAGUACCACCUCUCGGGAAUCCUAUGCAGCACCUACAUUUACCCGCCAACCCACUAUCCUGGUUCGUGCCGAAUCCCAAAGACGGAAGAAGGAGAUCCAUGAUUUUAUAUUCACUUUAGACUAUCAGGCUUCGAGUCCAGACGAGAAGGCUUUAGUAGAAGCUUGUGCCAAUUUGGGAAUGGUUUACCUGGGCGAUGACGACGAAAUUCUCCGUAUUCGCAUUGUGCCUCCACACGUAGACUACAAACGACCAUUUAUGAGUUUCAAGGCGAAAGAAGAGACGUUUCAGCGUUUGCAUGUCCUUGAAUUUACAUCGGAUCGCAAGCGUAUGAGUGUCAUUGUGAUGGACGGCGAACGCAGAAAGUGGAUCUACACCAAGGGAGCUGAAAGCUAUGUUUUUCCUUUGUGUGCUAACAGCUCGGCAGCUAGGAUCUCCAAGACUGAUGCUCACAUCAGUGACUUUGCCCGCAUGGGUCUCCGCACCCUGGCGAUAGCCCGACGAUUGGUCACUGAGGAGCAGUACCAAGACUUUGUAGUCGAACUAGCCCAAGCCAACAGCUCCCUUGAAAAUCGAAAGCAGCUCAGCGAGGAAUGCUAUGCGAAAAUUGAAUGCAAUCUAGACCUUCUGGGUGCUACAGCAGUGGAAGACGCCUUGCAGGAUGACGUGGCCGAUACUCUAGUUUCGCUUCAGGCGGCUGGGAUCAAAAUCUGGGUCUUAACAGGAGAUAAAGUGGAGACGGCCUUGAACAUUGCUCUGUCCUGCGGGCACAUACCACCCGACGCAAAGAAAUACUUUAUCAUCGACUGUAAAAGCCGGGAAGAAAUGUUGCUGCAUUUAAACGCUCUGGAUCGGGAAGUGAUCUUUGGCAUAGGCCAAGACUGCGCCCUGUUGAUUGAUGGAAAGAGCCUAAGCGUGGCGUUGUCGGAGGCUAGCUCUGAAUUUCGAGACGUGGCUGUUAAGUGCACUGCUGUGCUAUGCUGUCGACUGAGUCCCCUGCAAAAGAGCGAGGUCGUAUCCCUUAUCAAAUCCUCUAAUGAAAACUACAACACGGCUUCUAUCGGUGACGGCGCCAAUGACGUGUCAAUGAUCCAAGAGGCCCACGUGGGCAUUGGGAUCAUGGGACGUGAGGGCCGGCAGGCAGCACGCUGUGCAGACUUUGCCUUUGCAAAGUUCUGCAUGCUGAAACGGCUGCUGUUAGUCCACGGCCACUACCACAGCGUGCGACUGUCCCUGCUGGUGCUUUAUUUCUUCUACAAAAACAUUGUCUUCAUGGGCAUCAUGUUUCUGUUUCAAUUUCACACGCUCUUCUCGUCGUCUUCCGUCUACGACUCCCUCUUUCUAACACUCUACAAUGUGAUAUACACGUCCCUUCCCAUUCUCUUCAUAGCUAUCUCCGAAAAACCCUACACAGAGGAUAAGCUUAUGCGAACACCAAAACUAUAUAAAAAGAACACGGAUAACAAACAACUUCAGUGGCCGUACUUCCUCAUGUGGGUGCUGUUCGCCGUCUACCAUUCCGUCAUCAUAUUCUACUUCGCUUUCUGCCUGUUUUCUUACAACAACGUAAUCCUAAAUGUUGGACAGACAGCGGCGUUUUCCUGCUUUGGCACAUUAUUAAUGUGGACUGUGGUAAUUGUCGUAAAUCUAAAGCUCUGGCUGGAGUCAAUGUACCUCUCCUACUGGUACAUUUUUACCAUUAUUAUUUCUAUUUUGGGCUUUAUAAUUACCACAGUUAUUUAUAACGUCAUCAAUUUGGACUUUGACACUGACAUCUAUUGGGCCUACAAUAAUCUAUUAGCUUCGCUACCAACCUGGUUGUGGAUCCUACUAACGUGUGUGGCUUGCUUGGUACCCGACUACACCAUCCGAAUACUGCAAAGGUCACUAAAUAUCAAGCGCUUCAGCAUUUUUCCUGGAAAACAAAGAAAACUUAAGAUGCGCAAAAAAUUUGAAUCCACCUACUUGUAAUCCAUCCCGGACUAUAGCUUUUAUAUUGUUCAAUUAUUUAUUUAUGCUAUGUGUAGAAUUU